AUGACACCUGACAGCAGUGCUUGGCACGCUAUCAGACCUCAAGGUCUCGCUUUGGCCAUAGUGGUCACCGGCAUAUUAUUCUUUGUCCUCACUACUGUCGUCGUUGCUACACGAUGCUGGAUUCGAUUUCGAGCAAACAACGUCGGCUUGGACGACUUCUCUAUGGUAGCUGGAUACUUGAUUAACGUUGUGCAUACUUCGGUCGCUAUACGCGGGUGUUUCACAGGCCUGGGAAGCAGAGAUGCUGUCCUUGACGGGGCUGCUCGCAUGGAGGGUCUGAAAUCACUCCUGAUUUGGCAAGCAUCAUAUUCAGCCGGUCUAUGCUUCAUCAAGGCGAGUAUCAGCAUCACACUCAUGCGUAUCACGACACAGAAGGUGUAUCAUUACCUUCUUAUUGGGCUUCUCGCUCUCUGCUCUGUGGUGAGCUCAACAAGCAUUAUCGUGGUUCUAAAUCAGUGCCACCCUCUCGAAAGAUAUUGGGACAAGGCGGUGCCCGGUAGUUGCAUGGCACCUGCCAGCGCCACAGCAAUGUCUUACAUCUCUUCGGCCGUCAAUGUUGUGACUGAUAUCUGUGUUGCCACCAUUCCUAUUUUCCUUCUGCGUCAUGUUCAGAUGCGCUCGCAGCUCAAGUUUUACAUCCGAAUGCUAUUUGGAUUGGGUCUUUUAGCUGGUGUUGCCAGCACUGUUCGGCUUGGCUUUACCCCUGCAUAUAUGGAGACCACUGACUUUCUAUAUUACACUGGCAAGGUUGUCCUGUGUACGGUCCUCGAAUGCGGCAUAGGCAUCAUUGCUGGGUCCCUCCCUAUACUGCGAACGUUCUUCGCACGCCUGGCCAAGGAUUACAGCUCGGAUACAGGAACGGGCUACAACAGCAAGUUCAAAGCAAUCCAUCUCACCUAUGGUCAGUUCAACACCCGAAAAACGACGCAAUGCGAACUCGACACGUACGUAAACAUAUCCGGGGGAGAGAACGAGAACGACAACAACGGCAGCGAGGACAUGGAUGCCAAGAAGAGGAUUACCAUCACCCGUAAAGUGAUCGUAGUUACAACGGACAUAUGUCAGACCUCUGGCGAGUUAGAUGGGCGGAGGAUUGGAGGAAUAGUUCCACCACCAAAGGUUAUGGUGGCUCCCAGAGUAUGA